UACAUGAGCAUCAGAUGAUAGACUGGAGUCAAUAAUCACUCCAAGGUCUUUUACUGCUGCACAUGAUGAAACAGAAAGACCAUCCAGAGUUACUGUGAGAUCAGAAAGAUUACUUCUAGCUACACGUGGUCCUAGUACAAGUUCUUCUGUCUUAUCAGAAUAAAGUAAAAGGAAGUUAAUAAUCAUCCAACGUCUAAUGUCCUUUACACAUUCCUCAACUUUAUUAAGCUGCUGUCUGUCCUCUGGCUUCGCUGAAACAUACAGCUGUGUAUCAUCAGCAUAACAGUGGAAGAUCAUUCCAUGUAAGCAGCAGUAAACAUGAUCAGAGCUGAUAAUCACCCGGAGACGCUGCAAUAAGGAACCGCAGUGUUCAGUUAGUCAUUAACUUCAGACUGUAAAGCUGAGAGAACGUCAGGGUGAGGACGAGUUCGUCACAACCUUCACACUGAGAAAGUUGUGUUUUUUUCCCUGGGUGUCGGACUGCGAGAGCAGCGAUGAGUGACAAUGAAAAUGAGAGUGAAAUUUCUUUCUCUGUUAAAUUCCUCGGCCGUCUCGAGGUGGUGCGUCCGACCGGGAUGGAGAUUCUGAUGGAGGCUGCAGAAGCACUGCAGACAGAGAACAAGAAAAAGAAUAAAGUUCAUCUUUUUCUCUCCAGAAGUUCCAUCGACAUCCUGGAAUAUAAGACUAAAUACAUGCUGCACUCCUGCACUCUCUCGUCCGUGUCUUUCUGCGCUGUUCAUCAGUUUCAGCCCAAACUGUUCGGCUUCAUGGCGAAACACCCGGCUAUCGACUCACACCACUGCUACGUCUUCCAGAGCACAAAGUUUUCUCACCUGCUGGUGUCGGUGAUCGGAGACGCGUUCCAGGCCAGCAGACACUCGGACAACGUGAGGGGAAGUCGUGACCUGGUGGUGGAGGCCCUCAGACACAAGAAUAAAAUCCUGCAAAGGGAAAAUGCAGAAUUAAGGAAGAAACUGCAGGAGAAAGGAGGAAUGGACAGCACUGAAGAGGAAACUGAUCACUCUGAUACAGAGCAACGCACAUCACAUGUGAGAUUCAACUCAGGCAGUGACACAACUGCUUUGCUGAAGAACAACUAAGUGUGUGUGUGUGUGUGUGUGUGUGUGUGUGUGCGUGCACAGCUCAGCACAUCAAUUUAUUUCAUAAUGAAAACACCACAAACACAUCUCACAUUAACUGAAUGAAAACAGUGACACUCUAUUAAUCACAAUACAGUAAUAAACACACAAUGAUACACACACAAUGAAACACACAGCAAUAAACACACAAUGGAACACACACAGCAAUAAACACACAAUCAUACACACACUAAUAAACACACAGUGAAACACACUAAUAAACACACAAUCAUACACACUAAUAAACACACAAUGAUACACACACACUAAUAAACACACAAUGAUACACACACAGUAAUAAUCACACCGCAUUGCAGUGUGAUAAAUUGUAAUAUAUUAUUAUUUAAAUGCUUAUUAAAUAACACUAUAAUGUAAUUUUACACUCAUCAGCAUUACUCUGUGUUCUCUCUGAUUUACACUGAUAAUGUGGUAAAUAUAAUCUUUUCUUUGUUUGUAUUAAAAUUGUUGAUUUAUAUAAUAUACCUGACUGUACGGAACACACUGUUAUACAGCAGAAAUAAAAUCAGAACCUUCUAGAACAUUUAAUCAGGUUUGAUGAAAAGUAUUGAGCUGUAAAAGGAGUUAAAACUGUGUUCAAUAAUUCUGUGUUCACUAACUACAUUUACAGUUCAGUUCAGCACUGAGGUGGAGGUGUGUGUGUGUGUGUGUGUGUGUGUGUGUGUGUGUGUGUGAGGACUGAGGAGUCAAAAACCUGUAAUGAUGUCACAUGACUGAAUGAUGAUUUUAUUUUUACUCUUUAAAAAAAGUCAUAAAUUUCCUCAGCUCAUUGUUAACAUAUAACUUGUAGUACACUAUACAUCCAAUAAAGACCAAUAUAUAACAUUA